AAUAAGUAAUGCAGCUGUAUACAGAAAAUACUUAAAAAUAAAAUUGAGUUUAAUUAAGUUUAGUUAACUAGGUACAAUCGCGCAUCGCAUUACCUACAGUACUACCAACCACGUGUGUAGUAAUUAAAACGCACGUGACAAUAUAAACCAAUCACCAACAGUCUAGGUGUAGUUGUGGGAAUGGACCGACGUCUGGCGUUUCUCUUCGUUUCUACGCUCAUUCUCGUCACCUACAGCAGGCUCGCUCUUGCCACCAGCACGUGUCCCAAAAAUUACUUUCUGAAUUCGGACGGAAGCUGCAGAGGCUGCAAUUCCUGUCUUCCGGGUGUGAAAAUCGUCAAGAGAUGCACGAACACGAGCGACACGGAAUGUCAUUCGGAGAACAAGUGCGACAACCCACACUAUGUGUACGACGCGAGGUACGAUUACCACUGCCAUGCAGUCAAAGCGGAAGACUGUAGGGAUGAAAGACUCGUCUCUGACACUCCUACCGACUGCAGGACGCAGGGCAGCAAUUGCAGAUGUCGCGUACGUCCGGACGACCAUAGGAAGGUGGAAUGCCACUGUGAUCCGACCUCGCGACCGUCUCCAUCACGAACGUCACGUGCGCCAAGAACGUCACCGUCGACGUCAUUUUCCGGUUCAACAAGAAAGUCAACUGUCGGACCGGUUACGCCCAGUUUUCGAGCCACGCCGACUACAACAACCGAAAAGGCGAAGCCUGAUACGGACACUGUUGCCAAUACUGACGAGGAAACGGUAGGAGGUGACAACAACAAUGAUUCUCUAUUCAUUCUGGGUAUUGUGAUAUGUCUGGUUUGCGUAUUCCUGUCAGUUGGGUUAUUGUUUAUCCUUCGUCACCGUUGCAACUUUAUUUCCUCAGGAGACAAACGGAGAGGUUUGUGUGAGGGUGGGACCGGAAACUGCGUUCUGAGACCAAAGUUAACGUUAACGAAACUCGCCGGUUAUGAUUAUCGGAGUGAGCGACUUAAACACAACAACAUAUCUCACUCCGACGAAGUGAGAUCCCCUGGCAGUCCGACGGGUAUACCAUUGUAUUCAGAGGGACGACCACAAGCAAGUGCCAUAGAUAGAGAGAUACUGUGUGGGACAUCUGACAACAGCAGACCUAUAAUGGCCAGAGACGUGUUUAAUUGCCAUGGCAACAGACAGGGUGUCAUAGAUCGUUUGGAUCAUCUACAUUGCAAUAAGCCUAGCUGGAAAGAAAUUGCUGAUAAACUUGGAUACACUCAUGAAGAAAUAAAAACUAUAGAAGGACAGUGUGUAAAUAAGACGCACACGGCUGGCGAGUUGUUGUACGAUAAAUGGGAAAGUCGUCAUGAUGCGACCAUUAACAGCCUCAUUGCUGCUGCUAAAUCAGCAGGCAGAGAUGACAUUGUUUGUUACGUCGUAAUUAUUUGUCGCAGGCAGGGCUAUGAAAUAUCAGUGCCAGAGGAAGAUACAGACGGCGUCUCGGAACACCAACAUGACAUGGGACAACAACACAACUCGAUGGGAAGUGGUCAUGUGGAGACAGUGGUGUAGAGUCGACGUAUUAAUGGGUUUAGAAAUGGUAGGACUAUAUGGUACUACCGUGUGCAUGUGCGCUGAUUUCCCUUCUGCUUUGUUGAAGUUUGGUUUUUAAAUCCCUGCACUGCAGGAACAUUGCAGCUUUUAGUGUUUGUAGAGCAAGAGAAUGGAUUCACCGUUAUCUAUAGCAGACAUUCUCUUGUGUGUUGUACAGUAGGUUUUAUCUAGUAGUUGCUCAAUAUAAUAUACCAAUCUUGUCACUCUUCAA